AUGGCUUCCAUCUUGGGCGCUGGCCAGCACGGCCUCAACCUCUCGCGCUCCACCGCUCCGUCGGCUCCGUUGCUCCAGCCCAACUCUGCGCUGAGCAAGGUGCUUUCGGUCCUCGAUCUUACCCGCGUUCCUUCGCUGCAAGAGGCAGACCGCACCACCGUCGUCUUUGCCGUGCUAGCAGUGGUUGCGACCCUGCUUCUCGCCGAGCAGUACAACUACCAGAAGAAGAAGGCGGGUCUUCCCGGACCUAAGUGGACCAUCCCCGUCAUUGGCAAGUUUGCCGAUUCGCUUCAUCCGUCGCUCGAAAAGUACCAGGAGGGCUGGAAUUCCGGCCCUCUGAGCGUUGCCAGCGUCUUCAACAUCUUCAUCGUCAUUGCUUCCUCCAACGAGUAUGCCCGCAAAAUCCUCAACAGCCCAACAUACGCUGAGCCAUGUCUUGUCGCUUCCGCCAAGAAGGUCCUUUGCGCUGACAAUUGGGUCUUCCUCAACGGCAAGACGCACGUCGACUACCGCAAGGGACUCAACACGCUCUUCACCCGCAAAGCGCUCGGAAUCUACCUCGGCAUCCAGGAGACCAUCUACAAGCGCUACUUUGACGAAUGGCUCGCCGACUCCAACCCCAACCCGCAGCCCUACAUGAUGAAGUUCCGUGACCUCAACAUGGAGACCUCGCUGCGCGUUUUCUGCGGCAACUACAUUUCCGACGAGGGCGCCAAGGAGAUCUCGGACAACUAUUGGCUCAUCACCGUCGCCCUCGAGCUCGUCAACUUCCCCUUCGCCUUCCCUGGCACCAAAGUCUACAACGCCAUCAAGGCGCGCAAGACUGCGAUGAAGUGGUUCGAGCUCACGGCUCGCGAGAGCAAGAAGCGCAUGGCCGAAGGCGAGGAGGUCACCUGCCUCACCGAUGCAUGGAUCAAGGCCAUGAUUGACGCUCGUCUGCAGAAGGAGAACGCCGACUUGGAGGCCGAGACGCGCCGUGUGCUCGUGCGCGACUUUUCCGACCGCGAGAUUGGUAUGGUUCUGCUCAGUUUCCUCUUCGCCUCGCAAGACGCCAUGUCCUCGGGUCUCACCUACCUCUUGCAGCACGUUGCCGACCGCCCCGAGAUCCUGCGCAAGGUGCGCGAGGAGCAGUACCGUAUCCGUGGUGACGACGUCAACGCUUCGCUCACGUAUGAAGCCAUCGAGAAGAUGGACUACACCAAAGCGGUGGUCAAGGAGUCGCUUCGAAUCAAGCCCCCCGUCAUCAUGGUCCCCUACCUCAACCACAAGGACUUCCCCAUCGACAAGAACUACACCGUCCCCAAGGGCAGCAUGGUCAUUCCCAGCUUCUGGAAUUCGUUGCACGAUGAGAACGUAUACCCCAAGCCAGACGAGUUCAAGCCGGAGCGAUGGUUGGACGAGGCGGACCCAGCACAGAAGAACCCCAAGAACUACCUUGUCUUUGGCAGCGGUCCUCACAACUGCAUCGGCCAGCAGUACGCCAACAUGCACCUCACCGCUGUGCUCGGCACGGCAAGUGUGCUGAUGAACUGGGAGCACGAGGUGACACCGUUGAGCGAGAAGGUCGAGGUGAUUGCCACCAUCUUCCCCAAGGACGGUGCGAGGAUGAAGUUCUCGCGUCGUGCAGCACCUGCUCCUGGCACUGCACCGGAGGUGGCUGCUCGCGCCUGA